ACAGUGACAACAGCAUCACCAGCUUCAGAAUCAGAACCCCCAGAACCCGAAUAUUUUUUCCAUUAUAUACUAUUAUCUGCUCCAAAAGAGAAAAAAAUAAAAAAAAAAGAAAAGAAAAGGUUUUUGGGCAACCCUUUUCUCUGUUCCUUCUACCAAGUUUCUUAAACUCGUUUGGUUUUUUUAAUUUUCAACUUUUCUAUGUCAAUCUCAGCUAUGUGAAGUGAGAAAGGAACAGUGUUUUGAGGUCACUGUUUUGUUGUGGUUUUUGUUUUAUGUUUCAUGCCCUCCUUGUGUUUGUGUUUUUGUCUCCUUGAUUUGUUUUUUGGAUCUGUGAACUAUGAAUCUUAGCAACGUCAAGGGAUCCACCAUGUCAACGCCUAGUUCAUCAGGUUCACAUCUGAGGUCCACCGGAGAUGCUGUCUCCGACCAGUUUCCGGCGGGUCUCCGGGUUCUAGUGGUGGAUGAUGACCCCACCUGCCUCAUGAUCCUUGAGAAGAUGCUUAAAGCUUGCCUCUAUGAAGUUACAAAAUGCAAGUGUGCUGAGGCUGCAUUGGAACUUCUGAGAGGGAACAAGAAUGGAUUUGACAUUGUUAUAAGUGAUGUGCAUAUGCCUGACAUGGAUGGAUUUAAGCUUUUGGAGCAUAUUGGGUUGGAGAUGGACCUUCCAGUUAUUAUGAUGUCCGCAGACGAUGGAAAGCAUGUUGUUAUGAAGGGUGUGACUCAUGGUGCUUGUGAUUACCUAAUUAAACCCGUGCGAAUCGAGGCUCUGAAGAAUAUAUGGCAGCAUGUGGUUCGGAAGAGAAAGACUGGUUGGAGAGAUCCAGAGCAAUCGGGAAGCAUAGAUGAAGGAGAUCGGCAGCAAAAGGUAUCUGAUGAUGCGGAUUACUCAUCCUCGGCAAAUGAAGGGAAAAGCUCAAAGAAGAGAAGGGACGAGGAAGAAGAUGCUGAUGAGAGGGAUGAUAGUUCCACUUUGAAGAAGCCGCGCGUGGUUUGGUCUGUUGAGCUCCAUCAACAGUUUAUGGCUGCUGUGAAUCAACUUGGAAUUGACAAGGCUGUUCCGAAAAAGAUUCUGGAAUUGAUGAAUGUUCCUGGACUUACCAGAGAAAACGUUGCUAGCCACCUUCAGAAAUACCGAUUGUAUCUUCGGAGGCUGAGUGGAGUUUCCCAGCAGCAGAACAACUUGAACAAUUCCUUCAUGAACCCACAAGAUCCAACAUUUGGGUCAACAUCGAUCAAUGGAAUUGACCUUCAAGCCCUUUCAGUCGCUGGCCAGCUCCCAGCACAAAGUCUAGCCAAGCUUCAAGCAGCAGGACUUGGCAGAUCAACUGCAAAACCGGUUAUGUCCAUGCCUCUAGUUGAGCAACGGAAUCUUUUCAGUUUCGAAAGCCCGAAAUUAAGAUUUGGAGAAGGGCAAAUGCAGCAUUUGAAUACCAAUAAACCAAUAAACUUGCUUCACGGAAUCCCUACCAACAUGGAGCCAAAGCAGCUUGCCAAUCUGCACCAAUCUGCCCAAUCCCUUGGGAACUUGAAUAUGCGAAUCAAUGCUUCUGUCGCACAGAGAAGCCCCUUGUUGAUGCAAAUGGGUCAAUCCCAACCAAGAGGUCAGAUGAUAGGUGAAAAUGGUUCUCAUGUUAACCAGCUUCCAACUUCAUUGUUGCAACCAACAGUACCAAACCGAAUUUCCAACGGUGUUAUCAGAAAUGGGAUUGCUAGCUCCAGCAACAUAAAUGCUGCUUAUAAUCAAGUACCACAAAGCUCUUCAUUUUUGAAUUUCCCCAUGAAUCAAACUAACGAGAUGUCAGUCAGAAGUUUCCCUCUUGGAAGCCAUCCAGGUAUAUCGAAUAUCACAACAAAAGGAAUGUUACAAGAGGAAGUUACCUCAGGAAUCAAAGGAUCCAGUGGCUUUGUUCCGAAUUAUGAUAUUUUUAACGAACUCCAACCUCAAAAAUCCCAAGAUUGGGACUUAACAACCGCUGGCCUGACAUAUGAUGCUACUCAGCAUUCAAAUCAUGUACAAGGUAACACUGAUGUCUCAGUCUCACCAUCAGUUUUGGUCCAUCCGGGUUUUACAUCUAUUCAACAAACUGGACAAAAUAGAGAUACUACUUCUUCAAUGGGGAAAGAUAUGUUCUCCAUAGGUGAAGGCAUGGAUCAAGGUAAUCUCCAAAACAUUAGUCAGCCCCAGAAUCCGCUUCUCGUUGACAAUUCGGUAAGAGUGAAGGCUGAAAGAGUUCCUGAUGCAAGCUCCCAGACUAACUUCUUCCCCGAGCAAUACGGGCAGGAGGAUCUUAUGAGUGCACUUCUGAAACAGGAAGGCAUUGGACUAGCCGAGAAUGAGUUUGACUUCGACGGAUAUUCCUUAGACAACAUUCCGGUCUAGAACAGAACCAGUCAAUUUCUCUCUCCAGUUGCAGAUGUAAAUAGUUGCUGUUCCAUAUGGACCAAAUCAUUCUGCAAUUAGUCAAGUUUGGACCUGCAUGUGUCUAAAUUCUUCAACACAUCGAAUUUGGUUCAUGUAAAAAAAUCAGACUUCAAGGAAAAGAUGGUAAGUUAAGAAGAAGAAUAACUACAAACUUCAACUGCAUGUAUGCAAAAGGGGCAUACAUGCAAUUUUUGACUGAUUCUGAUGGUGAAAUUUGUAGUAAGCUUUAUAAUGUUAGGGUGUUCAUGAACAUAUUUUGGUUUUAGAGCAGAACUGCAGAAGCAUAGGUUUUGAUACAUCUGCAGACUCCUAGGAACAUUUCUAACUUCAAUAACAAAUUACUGAGAAAAAAAACUUUUAUCC